AUGAGCAAGGAGCCAGCAGCAAUGCUUGGAGAUUCAGGGGAUGCAGUCAGCACUGAGGCACCGCCACAGUCAGCACUGGGCUCUGAAGUCAGCCUGCAUGCCUAUGACAUCGUGGUGGUGGUCAUCUACUUUGUCUUUGUCCUUGCUGUGGGAAUCUGGUCAUCUAUCCGUGCGAGCCAAGGAACCAUUGGUGGCUAUUUCCUGGCUGGGAGAUCCAUGACCUGGUGGCCAAUUGGAGCAUCACUGAUGUCCAGCAAUGUGGGCAGUGGCUUGUUCAUUGGCCUGGCUGGGACAGGGGCUGCUGGAGGCCUUGCUGUGGGUGGCUUCGAGUGGAAUGCAACCUGGCUGCUCUUGGCUCUGGGCUGGAUCUUCGUCCCUGUGUAUAUUGCAGCUGGUGUGGUCACCAUGCCACAGUACCUGAAGAAACGAUUUGGAGGACAGAGGAUCCAGGUGUACAUGUCAGUCCUGUCUCUCAUCCUCUACAUCUUCACCAAGAUAUCGACUGAUAUCUUCUCUGGAGCAAUCUUCAUCCAGAUGGCCUUAGGCUGGAACCUCUAUCUCUCCACAGUGAUCUUGCUGGUGGUGACAGCUGUCUACACCAUUGCAGGAGGACUCACUGCUGUGAUCUACACAGAUGCUCUACAGACUGUGAUCAUGGUAGGGGGAGCACUGGUCCUCAUGUUCCUGGGUUUUCAGGAGGUAGGCUGGUACCCAGGCCUGCAGCAGCUUUAUAAGCAGGCCAUUCCCAAUGUCACAGUUCCCAACACCACUUGUCACCUCCCACGGCCUGAUGCCUUCCACAUGCUUCGAGACCCUGUGAAUGGGGACAUCCCAUGGCCAGGUUUCAUUUUUGGGCUCACAGUUCUGGCCACCUGGUGUUGGUGCACAGACCAGGUGAUUGUGCAGAGGUCUCUCUCUGCCAAGAGUCUUUCCCAUGCCAAGGGGGGCUCAGUGCUGGGAGGCUACCUAAAAAUCCUGCCAAUGUUCUUCAUUGUCAUGCCUGGCAUGAUCAGCCGGGCUCUGUACCCAGAUGAAGUUGCCUGUGUAGACCCUGACAUCUGUCAAAGUGUGUGUGGCGCCAGAGUGGGAUGCUCCAACAUUGCCUACCCAAAGCUGGUCAUGGCUCUCAUGCCCGUGGGUCUGCGAGGCCUGAUGAUUGCUGUGAUCAUGGCUGCCCUGAUGAGCUCACUCACCUCCAUUUUCAACAGCAGUAGCACCCUGUUUGCCAUAGAUGUGUGGCAACGCUUCCGCAAGCAGGCCACAGAGCAAGAGCUGAUGGUGGUAGGCAGGUUGUUCAUAGUCUUCCUUGUAGUCAUCAGCAUCCUCUGGAUCCCCAUCAUCCAGAGCUCCAAUAGUGGGCAGCUCUUUGACUACAUCCAAUCUAUCACCAGCUAUCUAGCCCCACCCAUCACAGCCCUCUUCCUGCUGGCCAUCUUCAGCAAGAGGGUCACUGAGCCUGGUGCCUUCUGGGGCCUCACAUUUGGCCUAGCAGUGGGAAUAGUGCGCAUGAUUCUGGAGUUCUCAUACCCUGCCCCAGCCUGUGGGGAGGUGGACAGGAGGCCUACUGUCCUGAAGGACCUCCACUACCUGUACUUUGCGCUCCUCCUCUGUGGACUUUCUGCCGUCAUCACUGUCAUAAUCAGUUUCUGCACAGAGCCCAUCCCUGAUGAAAAGCUUGCUCGCCUGACCUGGUGGACGAGGAACUGUCCCUUACCUGAGCUGGAGAAGAAAGCCUCUGAGAGUGGGAAUGAGAUGGAAGGGGAAAUCACUUCAGGGCUGGCAGGGAGGCCAGCUGUCGAGGGCCCUGCAGGAGAUGGAGAAGAAGCAAACCCCAUACAGGCGCCUGAGAAACCAGGAGCCCGCCACAGAUCCUGGGGGAAAUGGCUGUGGAGCUGGCUCUGCGGACUCUCAGGGGCCCCACAGCAAGCCCUGAGCUCAGCUGAGAAGGCUGCACUGGAGAAGAAGCUGACCAGCAUCAAGGAGGAGCCACUCUGGAGACAUGUCUGCAACAUCAAUGCCAUCAUCCUGCUGGCCAUCAACAUCUUUCUCUGGGGCUACUUUGCGUGAUUCUGUAGGCCAGGAUUUAGUUGAAGUGAUUAAAUAUAUCUGAAUCCUGGCCAGGCCCAG